UUAAUGAAGAUAUAUAACAAGUCGAUAUGAAAACACAGAGUUGACAAGAUAAAAAGAGCGGCGCGAAUGAGAGCAAAAUCAUGUAUAAUUCUAUUGAAAUACCAGACUCCGACGAGGAUAUGUUGGAGCUAACAAUAGAUUUACCAAUAGAGUCCAGCGCUGCUGAAAUAAAUGAGCACACACCCAAAAAACAAAGAAAGAUUUCGGUUUCAAGUGCAGCUGAGACCAAUACAGCCACAACACCAGGAUCUACAUCAUCCGAAACAACUAACAGCUCUCCUCUAAACAGUAACAAAGACAGCAAUACAACGCAUCAAGUUCGCCAUAGGUCUCGAAAAGCACAACUUACAGUACGUAAUGGACUUGAAAAUGAAAUACAAUUCGAAACAAUACCGGUCGAUGAUGAAACUCCAGCAGCCCAAGAGCAACGGGUGAAGGAGAACGAAAGAGUGAGUACUCUCAUCGCGAAUAUGUUAAACACAGACGAGAUGGAAACGGUUAUGCAGCGAAUUGCCAACGAACGCGUGCGUUGCAAUUUCCUAUUGACUAGCUAUAACUUGCCUGACAUGCAUUUUUCACUAAGCACACCUCUCGAAAUGCUAAAGUUUCAGUUCCAGGAGCGACUCAAGCUUCGCAGGGAGCGCUUGAAUGCACCAAAUGCAACAAAACCAAUCGUAACAAACAAAAACAAGUCUGAACAGCUAGAGCAAACAUGAAUUAAGUGUAAAUAAUAAUAAGAAAAAAACUUGUAGCACUAGCACCGUUAACGUAAAUUAUAAUAAUAUAAAAAUGAAAUAAAAAAAAAAAAAUGAAUUAAACUUUAAGUAAUCCCAGUCGGCUAUAUUUUUCUUUUACUUGGCAAACAUGUGUCUUUCGUUAAUGUGUUUUCGCUUUAUGCGCAUGUCUCUCAAAAGUGCGUUUUAGUCAGACGCAUUCAGCAACCCAGCGUAGCCGUGAUCGUCUAGUGGUUAGGACCCCACGUUGUGGCCGUGGUAACCCAGGUUCGAAUCCUGGUCACGGCAAUGCUGCAAUACGCAUUGUCACGGAGUUGGGUUUUUUUUUUUUUUUUUUCAAAUUAAAAAAGUAAUCAUAUAUGUAGUUAAUUUGUUUUUUAUGAAGUAGGCUGCUUUUUUCAGGCAAAGGAAAAUAUUUUAUUACGCAUAACAUACUUUGGCUGCUUAUCAAAUUGUCUGCUAAAAAAAAUUACAAUGGAAUUUUUGUUUGCAUCGGAACUGUAUAACGAAUCAGAGUCGGACCAACCGGUAGAAUCCGAAGAAAACAGCUAUGACGAAGAUAUGAUAUACAUUGAUAAUACCAUAAAAAAUAUAAGUAGAAAUUUGCGCAAAGGAGAUUGGACAUAUUUAGGAAGACAUCCAGAGAUUUCAGAUACGUGCUAUAAUUCGCGUAAUUAUAAUGCAAGCCGUUAAACAGAAGCCCAAAAACAUUUUUAUAUUUGCCGCUGAUCUUUUUAGUAUAAAGAAACAAAAGCACUUGACAAAAUUGAUCAACAAACAACUGAAAUGGGUAAAUAAAUUGAUCCAUAAGGGCAACUGGACGUCUGUCGAUGGAGUCAUGUUGUUCUCUGAAAGCUCCGAUUGUCGUAUAAAAGAAGAAUGCCCAGACCGGGACCUACCAAUUGAGGCCAUUUUUGAAGUGAAAAAUAUGUGUCCGGAAAAUUUCAAACCCAGUUGCUGAAUUUAUUGAAAAAUAUUGUAAAUAGUGUAAAAUUAAACAAAUUUUUAAAAUGAUAAAAAACAAUAAAUAGAUAAUAAAGAAUGCGCGUCAGUUGCUCAAUUCUUAA